UGGAAGUCGGUGAGGGAACUGAGCCCGUGCCGACGUUGGCUGAGAGGCUGACAUCUGGGCCUUAGUGUCAGUCGGUCCAGGACGGGCAGAUACAAACUCCCCUUCGCUUCGUCCCUCUCCUAUACAAAUUCAAGUGGCCGCCGUCAAAGAUCGGUCGUCCCCCUUCCAUCCCGUUGCGGCCCAUUACCAUUACAACAAAGGCAGCGGAAGCCAGCAGAGUGAGCCGGAGAGCUUAGAGCUAAGUCCUCGUGUGAAAGAUGGAAAUGGCGCGAAGCCCAGCUCAUGUUGCUCUCUGCUCGCUUGCUCUGCUCCUCCUGCUUACAGCCGCGCGAUCGGCGACGUUCACGCUGACCAACAACUGCGGGUACACGGUGUGGCCGGGGCUGCUGUCGGGCGCCGGCACGGCCCCGCUGCCGACGACGGGGUUCGCGCUGGCGCGCGGCGCGUCGGCGGCGGUGGACGCGCCGGCGGGCUGGUCGGGGCGGAUGUGGGCGCGCACGCUCUGCGCCACGGACGGCGCCACCGGCAGGUUCGCCUGCGCCACGGGCGACUGCGGCUCGGGCGGCGUCCAGUGCGGCGGAGCCGGCGCCGCCCCGCCCGCCACGCUGGCCGAGUUCACGCUGGACGGCUCCGGCGGCCUGGACUUCUUCGACGUCAGCCUCGUCGACGGCUACAACGUCCCGAUGCUCAUCGUCCCGCAGGGCGCGGGCGGCGGCGGCGGAGGCGGAGGCAACGGAUCCGCCGGCGCCGAGUCGAGCAAGUGUAUGGCCACAGGCUGCCUCGUGGACCUCAACGGCGCGUGCCCCGCUGACCUGAGGGUCAUGGCCGCGUCGUCGUCCGGCGGCGGCGGCGGCGGGGCCGUGGCGUGCCGGAGCGCGUGCGAGGCGUUCGGGACGCCGCAGUACUGCUGCAGCGGCGCUUAUGGGAACCCCAGCACGUGCCGGCCGUCGACGUACUCGCAGUUCUUCAAGAACGCCUGCCCGCGCGCCUACAGCUACGCCUACGACGACUCCACCUCCACCUUCACCUGCGCCACCGGCAUCGGAUACGCCAUCACCUUCUGCCCGAGCACCACCAGCGGGAAGUACUCCGGCGAGAACCCGCAGGCCGCCUCGGCUACCAGCUCGAUGGUCUACCUCGGCGGCGAGCAGCUCGCCACCGGCGCCUCCGCCACGGCGACCCGAGCGUCUCAGCUCCUCGUGGCCGCCGCCGCCGCCGCCGCAGUCGCGCUCCUCUGAGCUUGCCGAUGUACGUCGGCGUGUGAAAAUGGCGCGUGGCAGGAGUCGUAUAUGUCUUUGUUCAGUCACGCCUCUUCCGGCAUGACGGGGGCAGCGAUAAGAUUCGACAAGAGAAAAGGGGGUUCGCCGCCCGUGCCCAUGAGACCAAAGGCUGGCGAGUCACGACAGGGCUGCUGCUACGGCUAACCGAAGAAAACAACGAUAUCUCCGCGUACCGGAUGGCAUCGUCCUAUACUUUAUAGGUAGCUUAGGUCAUAGGGUUUAGGAUAACUAGUAGCAUGUGAUAACCUUUGCAUGCUUCUAGUCCACGCUUCCUCGAUUUGCCGUUGAGCCUAUGCUCGACGUGCUAAAAUAGAUUACAGCAAUUAUGAUUAUUUACUUUACCUGUUCAACAUUAGUGGAAAAGAACGAAAAGGGUAAAAUCAUUGUUCACAC